AUGAUUGAAGCAAUUUCGUCAUCGCCAACAUCCCUUCCUUCAGAACUGUUUGAAGAACAAAGCUUGGAAAUCAAGCACCCCCUUCAAAAUGGAAAACAACCCAGUAGUCCUGAGGGGCAAGCAAUGAGUUCAGAAUCGAACUACUUGCAGCAGCCAACUAGUUCCCUUCAAGUUAUGUUAAAACAGGAGACAAAAUCUUACCGGGCCCAAUGUUUACAAGGAUUUGACCUUGACGACCAAUCCCCAGUUCUAGAUUGGUUUCGUACCAUGGCAAAUUGGUGUUACGUUGUGGCAGAUGGCUGCAAGUUGUCAAACGAUGUCGUGGACGUGGCCUUCAACUUCUUGGAUCGCUUCUUGAUUUGCAACUGCGGGUCGCUGUCGAACAAAUGGGAGGUUCUAAAAGACACUUCUCGGUUUCAAAAGGUCACAAUGACAUGUCUGUACAUAGCCGCCAAGACAUCUUCCGCCCGUUGCUUGACACCUGCUUUGUUACAGCAAAUUUCCCGACAAGAAAUUCUCGCUGAAGAUAUUGAAGCAAUGGAGUUGGUGAUAUUGUUCGACUUGGGCUUUCAUAUUACCCCACCAACGAUUCUUUCACUGGCAAAAGCGUAUGCCCAAGAGCAACUGCAACUUUGGAAUUUCGAUUCUGUGGGUGGAAAAGAAGAAAAGGAUGAGGAGCAGCAAAGCACAAGAUUCUUGCAGUUGGUGGAGCAACAAGCUCUAUACACUAUAUUUCCCAAUUUCAGUCAUCUCUUUGGCAUGUGUCCGAAACGCUCUCGAGAUCAUGCAGGAUCAUGA